AUGCUACAAAAUGGUGGACGAGCCCCACGCGCCGCCGCCAUUGCCGCGCAAGGGCCCGCCGACGGCCAGUCUCGCAAGCAGGUAGCUCCGCCGACCACGCCGAGCCAAUCGCCGGCAGCCCCACCCUCCGCGCCCAGCCGAGCGCAGGAAGCUCCGCCUACCGCGCCCAGCCAAUGGGGGGCGUCCUCGCCUCCCGCACCGAGCUCCGCGCAGGUAGCGCCGCCUACCUCACCUCGCCGCAACGCGGCAGCCAAUCCAGUUGCGCCUCGCCAGGACGCCGCUGCGCCAGAAAAGAAAGAUGGCAACUGCAACGCGCCGUUCCAGGAUAACAUGGCGGACUUCCCGGCUCUACGGCCACGCCCCGGGCGGCGACCUGACAAUGCCCGAACACCAGACCGCCAUCGCGUAGGAAACUGCAAUGGCGCCCUCAUGGCCGUACCACCUGCAAAAGCUACGAGCGGCGCACAACAAAGUGAGCGCCCAGACUCAUUUGGGAACUACUGCGCCUUCUUCGAGCGCAUGUUCGGCUUAAUGGAGCAACUUAUGACGCGCGUCCUCGACGCGAUCAGUGAGCUCCCAGCCCGAAUGACGGCCGCGGUGAACCAGGCCAUUCAAGCAAACUUCCAACAACACCAGCAUGGCGGAGCCGCUUCGAGGAAUUAA